CCCUAACCGUAACCCUAACAUUUCUCGCUCACCUGUCUGCAAAACCCCAGCCAACCACUCAGCCUCCACCGCUUCACCGCUCCAAGCCAUGGGCCGCGUCCGCACCAAGACAGUGAAGAAAUCGUCUCGCCAAGUAAUUGAGAGGUACUACUCCCGCAUGACUCUCGAUUUCCACACCAAUAAAAAGAUCAUCGAAGAAGUGGCUAUUAUUCCUUCCAAGAGGCUCCGCAACAAGAUCGCUGGCUUCUCGACCCACUUGAUGAAGCGGAUUCAGAAGGGUCCCGUUCGUGGCAUCUCUUUGAAGCUUCAAGAAGAAGAGCGCGAGCGUCGCAUGGAUUUCGUCCCCGAUGAAUCGGCCAUCAAGGUUGAUCAAAUCGAAGUUGAUAAGGAAACUCUUGAUAUGCUUUCGGUUCUUGGGAUGACUGAUAUUCCUGGGCUUGUUAAGGUUGAUCCGGUUACUGUUCCGGUUCCUCAAAUCGGGUUCGGUCGCGGUGGUGGACCCGGAAGGAGGUAUUAAGUGGUGGGUUCCCAUGGAUUUGAUGGGUUCUUAAUCUCAUCUUUGUUAUGUUUAUUUUAGGGUAGUUUUUUAAUUUUAUGUUUCCUGUUGGAACCAUUUUAGUUGUUACUGAAACUUAUUGAGGCUUAUGUGUACUUGUUUUUUAAGGCAUUUGAAAGGGGUAAUUUUAGUUUUUGGCAUGGUUGAAUU